CUCAAACACAAGCCCUGGCACUAAAAACAAUUUCCCCAUGCGGUGGGCGAAUUUCCAAGGGAGCAACCACGGUCAUGGUGCAGGCAGAAGGAGAAAAUUUCAAGUGUGUAGUGUGUGUUUAGCAAGAGGCACAAAGUGAAUGCUGCCGCUGUGGCGUUAAGAAGGAAGAAAGAUGAAAUUUUUUGUGUAAACUUAGCUGCUAGAGGAUUGUGUUGCUGAAUUCUGAGGUAGCCUCCCACCUUUUCAAAACUUCAAGUUUGGUUGUUGAAUUAGAAUAGUCGUGAUCCCAUGAGUUGUUCUCUUAUGGCAGCAAUUAGUGCUAAACUACAGCCAAGAAAAUUUAAGAUAUUUGAUCAAUAAGUCAGUGGAGGAAUAGGAAGAACAUAACAUGAGGAUAUUACCUUUUGGUCGGACUUGAGUUGUGUGUUUGGGAAUUUUGUUGAUUGGCACAAAAAUGGGAUUCAUGGAAAUUGGUAUGCUAAAAAUCUGAGCUCUUGAAAGGUUAAGAAACUGCGGUAUGCGGAACACGUUGGGUAUGCAUGAGUUGUGAAAUGUGAUGGGAUUUUGAUGUAUGUAUGUGGGCUGUUUUUUGCUUUACAUUUGAGCUGAUAAAAUGGAGUGGGCUAAGUACAUUUAACGUUUGCUCUUAUUUCCUCAGUAGGCUGCUAACUUGUGGCUGUUUAACUUAAUCAAAAUAUUGCAAAUGAGGGGUGAUUGGUUUUUGGAUCCGAAGAUUUGCGUAUAAGACAGGGUUUGGCCCUUGUUUUUUGUCAGAAAAAAAUAUUAUCAUAACUUAAUUGAAGAUCUACACAUAAUAAAACCAAUGGAAAGGCACCAGAGUAAGAAUUUAUUCAAGAUUUAAGUGGAAGGGGAAAAGCCUUAGUUUAGAAUAUGUUGAGUUUAGGUGUUACAUGAGUUAUUAAAAAAUAGUCUGUGUUUUUGUCUUUUAGUUCUUAAGAUAUUUUAAUAUGGGUGAUUCCUUCAGUGGUUUAACCAGAGUUAUAAAUAAAGUCCGUUUUACAAUCCAUGAAAAUACCAAUUUCAGGUUAGUGACAUUGUGUUAGAUUUCCUUGCCAGCAUAGCAUGCGUUGCAAAGUAGAGAUUUUGUUCUUUUCCCCCCGCCCCCCGGGGGGGAUUGGACGCAUUGAUAUUUCAGCAUGAUUUUACUGUUUUAUAUCCAUUAUUCCUGUAUCUUUUGUUGCUAGAUGCUUUCAAGUUUCAGAUUGAAUUUAUCAAGUUCUCAACAACUUGAAAUUUGUGGGCACGGUGAUGGAGAACCCCAAACCACAUUCGGCUGCCUCCCAUUCAGAUUUAUAUGUCUAUCUCCUCCAAGCAGGCAUCAAAUCCAGAGACACCUUCAUUGGAAGAUUGGUUCAUGCUCGAAUAAUCAAAGAAGGGCUUUACCUGGGCAUCUUCUUGAUGAACAAUCUCGUUAAUUUCUAUGCCAAAACUGGGUCGGUCUUUGAUGCUUGCCAUCUAUUCAAUGAAAUGUCAGUGAAGAGCACAUACUCUUGGAAUACAAUUCUCUCAGCAUUUGCCAAAGGUGGCAACAUGGAAGCUGCACAUCACAUUUUCGAUGAAAUUCCUGAACGUGAUUCUGUUUCCUGGACUACCAUGAUAGUGGGUUAUAACCGGAUGGCUCUUUUUAAUAAUGCAAUACAGCUGUUUUUGGGGAUGAUUUCAAAUGGAAUUUUGCCAACUCAUUACACAUUUACGAAUGUUCUUUCCUCGUGUGCUGCAAUUGAAGCACUAGAUAUUGGCAGGAAGGUUCACUCCUUUAUUGUGAAACUUGGGGUCUCCAGUUUCCCUCCUGUAGCAAAUUCAUUGCUUAAUAUGUAUGCAAAGUCUGGGGAUUCAAUGACUGCGAAGGUUAUUUUUGACAGGAUGAGUCUGAAAAACAUAUCUAGUUGGAAUACUGUGAUUUCGAUGCAUGUACAAUUUGGUCCACUUGACCUUGCUGUUUCUCUUUUUGAGCAAAUGACUGAAAGAGAUGUUGUGUCCUGGAAUUCAAUCAUCUCUGGGUACAAUCAGUGGGGAUUCGACAUAGAAGCCCUUGAAACCUUCUCUUGUAUGAUUAGUAGUUCUGCCCUGAAGCCAGAUACUUUCACUUUGACUAGUAUAUUAUCAGCUUGUGCCAAUCUUGAAAACUUGAAAUCUGGGAAGCAAAUCCAUGCAUAUAUGAUAAGAAGUGGCAUUGACAUCAAUGGGAUGGUGAUAAAUGCACUAAUCUCAAUGUAUGCGAAAUCAGGUGGCAUUAAAUUUGCUCGAGGAAUUGUUGAACUAACCGGUACUUCAAAUCUCAAUAUUAUAGCAUUUACAUCCCUAUUGGAUGGCUAUGUCAAAAUUGGGGAUGUAGAGUCAGCCAGAGAUAUAUUUGAUUCAAUAAAAGGCCUUGAUGUAGUUGCUUGGACGGCCAUGAUCGUUGGCUAUGAGCACAAUGGCUUAGUAAAUGAUGCUUUAGAGCUCUUUAGAUCAAUGAUUAGGGAAGGUCCGAAGCCAAACAGCUUUACUCUUGCAGCCAUAUUAAGUGUUAUUUCAAGCUUGGCUUCUCUGGAUCUUGGCAAGCAAAUUCAUGCAACUGCCAUGAGAUCGGGAGAAGUAUCAUCAGUUUCUGUUGGUAAUGCUUUGGUUAACAUGUAUUCAAGAGCAGGAAGUGUGAAAGAUGCAAGGCAAGUAUUCAAACAGAUAUGCCGCCAUAGGGAUACCGUGUCAUGGACUUCCAUGAUUAUAGCUCUAGCUCAGCAUGGUCUUGGGAAAGAGGCCAUAGAGUUGUUCGAAAAAAUGCUGAAAUUUAAUAUAAAGCCUGAUCACAUCACUUUUGUUGGUGUGCUAUCUGCAUGCACACAUGUGGGAUUGGUAGAACAAGGGAAGCGCUAUUUUAAUUUGAUGAAAACCAUUCAUCAUAUUGAACCCACCCGUAGCCAUUAUGCAUGCAUGGUUGACCUAUUUGGACGUGCUGGAUUGCUUGAAGAAGCAUAUAAUUUUAUAAAAAAUAUGCCUAUCGAACCAGAUCAUAUAGCUUGGGGUUCUCUUUUGGCUUCCUGUAGGAUUCAUAAAAAUGCAGAUUUGGCUAAAGUGGCAGCUGAAAGGUUGCUUCUUAUUGAUCCCAACAACAGUGGGGCUUAUGCAGCACUUGCUAAUACGCUUUCAGCCUGUGGAAAGUGGCAAGAUGCUGCAAAAGUUAGAAAGUCAAUGAAGGAUAAUGCAGUGAAAAAAGAACAAGGAUUUAGUUGGGUACAAAUCCAGAACAAAGUCCAUGUUUUUGGGGUUGAAGAUGGGCUUCACCCACAGAAAGAUGCAAUCUACAACAUGAUUUCAAAAAUCUGGGAGGAGAUAAAGAAAAUGGGUUUCACUCCAGAUACUGAUUCUGUACUGCAUGAUCUUGAGCAAGAGGUGAAGGAACAGAUCCUUAGACAUCAUAGUGAAAAACUUGCUAUUGCAUUUGCAUUAAUAAAUACUCCAGAGAACACCACACUGAGGAUCAUGAAGAAUCUUAGAGUUUGUAAUGAUUGCCAUUCCGCCAUAAAAUAUAUCUCUAGGCUUGUAGCCAGAGAGAUUAUAGUUAGAGAUGCUACCCGUUUUCACCAUUUCAAGGACGGUUCUUGUUCAUGUCAGGAUUAUUGGUAGAGGAAAGGACAAAAUUUUCAAGUUGAGUAUGACUGCAAAAUUUGUCAAAACAUAGUUUACAAGUAGUUGUUGUAUUGCAUCUGAAACACGAAAGCAUGUAUACAUAUGCUGUCAUUUUCACCCUUCUAUAUUGUAUUAAUUGGCCCUUAACUGAGGUUUUGCUUCAUA